UUUGUGUGCGUUUUUAUUUGUUGAAUUGUUCGUGUUUAUUUAAUAUGUGCUAAUAAAAACAAUAAUAGACUUUUGGUAUUUCCGUAAGUCAUCAAGGUAACGUGCUUUCUUCGGCCAGCAUCAAUUUUUCAACACAACAUAUGGGAUGAAUUGGCCAUGAUACUGGACAAACCUGGUGAAGAUGACAUCCACAAAUGAUGAACUUCCACCGCCACCCAAGCCAAGGGCGUCUCCAUUUGAUUUUAGAAACACGGAUUUGGUAUCUCGACUAUUGGCUGCUACACCACCCUACUUAUACAACAUGCCCCUUAUACCGCAUAGCUUCUUUUUUAGUGAAAUGCUUCGCUCAUUAGUUCAGGCUAAAAAUGAAAGCGCUAGUAGAAAUCCAUCUGCACCCCAUAUGCAUCACAGGAGACCAAGGAAACGAUCAUGGACUCAAGUUAAUUCUGAUUAUUACAUGCAUAAGGACCCUACUAAAACAGAAAAAAUCGAUAUGCCUCCACCCGCUAGUUGGAUUUCUAAACCAGAUGUUUCGGAGCCACCCUAUACUAAUAAAAUAGAGGACAUACCUUUAGAGCUAACCACCGAUAAGUUAACUGUUAGUAGCAGUAGUGUUCCAAAAACACUUCACGAAGAUGGCCAACCUGAUAACAAAUUUAUUUAUCGCUCUCCGGUAGAAAAUUCACUAAGCAACUCCAAUCAAACGGAUCUAAAGGCAAAGAAUGCACAAUAUCCAUUCCCACACAAUCCGCAUCUACAAAAUUCAUCAGAAGUUGUGCUUCCACCUCCACCUCCAAUGUGGUACCCAGCACUUUACCCUACACCAUACGGAAUAGAUCCCUUGCACUUUUUCAUUGACUUACGGGUAUCUGGUCAUAUAUACGACCGAAAAAACCAACGCGAAAGCUCUACAUCCCCAGAAACAACGACUUCUACCAUCUCUCCAAAUUUGAACAAUUGCACCCAAGAUACUAACAUAAGCGAAGCACUUUAUACCGAACCUAUUCCCGAUCCAUUUAGACAAAGUCGGCAUACUUCGGCGUUUAGUGUGCCGUCAUCUCGUUUAGCAAAAAACAUUCCCAUUAAUUUAAGUAAUUACCAACCACUUCGUAAAACUAUCGAGCAUAAACCUGAAACAAAAGAUAUUAGUGGCCAUACAAAGUUUGACGUUAAGUCGAUGGGGUUUGAACGUAGUUCUAAUAAAUUAAGUAGUAACUACAUUAUGACGAACAUAUUUAAAAUUUAUAAAGAUCUGCAAGAACGUGUCCAAACAGACGAAGGUCCACAGGAAUCAGAACCAUUAAAACAAGAGGAAAAUGUUGGUUCCCCUUUAGGGAGCCCGGAUGCAAAAAUCAAUCAAGAAGAGCCUGGGAAUGAAAACAAGAAGAAGGUAAAAGGUUUGAGAGCGCUUAUUGGGUUAGAAUUGGUUGUGGAUUACAUGAACCAUGCCAAACCGGGGGAUCAGACUAGAAACUCAGAUGAUAGUUCAACAGAUUUGGACUCCAGUGAGAGUACUACGGUGGAUGUUGUAGCUCUACAAGAAGAGAUUUAGAUGGUUUACCGUGGAUUCAACUUAUAUGGAAAUCUAGUCAUCGCAAUGUACUCUUCAUAGCUUUUUCCUUGUAACAAUAUACCUACUUGCUGAAUAAAUAGGAUACUAACUCUUCCAGUACGGUUUGCUAGAUUUUUAUGUUUUGAACUCAAAACUCGGCGCGUUUCCAAAGCGAUAGUAGGCACGUACUGGACGUAGUAGUCUGAUCAAUCUGCCGUAUAGUUGUAACAUAGUUCUUAGUUAAAAAAAUGUAAAUAAA